AUGGCUCCCCCACCUUCUGCCUCUCUUCCACUCCAGCAAAGGCUCAUACAACUCGCGCAAACAUUACAGUUUGCUUGGUUCGUAGGACAUCUCUCCCUCCUUUUCUGCAUCAUCAGAUAUGGUCUUUCAUACAUAACCUUCAACUACUACUCGAGAUGGGCUACCUUUUCUUAUCGUACCGCCUUUAUCUCCGCCGCUGUUACCUACGGGAUCGUGGUUUACAAGGCAUUCCGUGCUCGCGCCAGAGCUGGAAAAGCAAAUCAAGCUGGUUUGAUCUCUCUUAUCGCCGAUGAGAAUGUUCAGUACUUGGCCAUGGCACUCGUAUGGCUCUUCUCCAAACAAUACCCUCUUGCCAUGCUCCCAUUCGGUGUUUACUCUGUCUUCCACGUUGCAACUUACACCCGUACCAACCUCAUCCCAACUCUCCAACCAGCUCCAGCCGGCACCGACCCCAAGGCUGCUCCAAAGCCAAACGCUAUGGCCGAUACCAUUGGCAAGUUCGUCAAGGAAUACUAUGAUACAUCCAUGGGACUUGUUGCUCUUCUUGAAAUCAUUCUCUGGGCUCGUAUCUUCCUCUCCGCUAUUGCAUUCCAAUCUGGUUCCUGGAUUUUGAUUGUUAUCUACACUGCAUUCCUCCGCUCAAGAUUCGCUCAAAGUGCAUUUGUUCAAGGUCAAUUCAGACAAGUAGAGGCAAGAAUCGAUAGCCUUGUUGGUGCUCAAUCUACUCCUCCAGCCGCAAGACAAGUUUGGGAAGCUGUUAAGGGUGGUGCUAGAACUUUCCACGAUGCUACCGACGUCGGAAAGUAUGUUGCCGGUGCUCAAGCUCAAAAGAAGACUUCAUAA